UAACCACGCUUUCCCCAUUCACCCCCCAUGUCUAAAACGCCCAUCAACAACCCCUUCACUCACCCCACGACAUUUGUUUCCAACCCUUCCGUCAGCUCAUUUAUUCAACACCAUCACCAAACCCGGCCAACCCCUUUCUCUCUCUAACCCCUUUCUCUCUCUAACUCCUCCUCCUUUUCAACGUUUUCUCCACCAGAUCGAGAUCGCGUGCUUGGUCAGACUUCCCUUCCUUUCUCCUUUCUCGAGGUUGGUUUUAGAGAGAGAAAAUGGAGACGAGGGUGGAGCGAGAGAGCGGUGCCGAGGCUGCUUUCAUGUUCGGUGAUGAAGAGGUGAGAGAGAUAAGUGGGUUGAAGAGAGGCGAUGAUUAUGUAGAGGUGACGUGUGGGUGUACGAGCCAUAAAUAUGGUGAUGCUGUUGGGAGGCUUAGGGUUUUCUCUAGUGGCGAUCUCCAAAUCAGCUGUGAAUGCACCCCUGGUUGUCAGGAAGACAAGUUGACCCCCGCUGCAUUUGAGAAGCAUUCUGGAAGAGAAACUGCUAGGAAAUGGAAGAAUAAUGUUUGGGUCAUUGUUAAUGGGGAGAAGGUUCCAUUGUUAAAGACGGCACUGCUCAAGUAUUACAAUCAAGCAUCAAAAAGUGCCAAUGGUUACCACAGAUCCCAUAAUGGACGUGUUUGUCAUCAUGAUGAGUUUGUUCGCUGCACUAGGUGUAACAAAGAGCGCAGGUUCCGUCUCCGCACUAAAGAGGAAUGUCGGAUUUAUCAUGAUGCUUUGGCAGAUGCGAAUUGGAAAUGCGAUGAUAUGCCACAUGACAAAAUAACAUGUGAUGAUGAUGAAGAGCGAGCAAGUCGCAAGGUGUAUAGGGGCUGCUCCCGAUCUCCAACAUGCAAAGGUUGCACUUCCUGCGUGUGUUUUGGAUGUGAAAUCUGUCGUUUUUCAGACUGCAGCUGCCAGACUUGCAUUGAUUUCACAAGGAAUGUGAAAACUUGAGUCUCCAAAAUAUUGUUUUUAGUCACAAGUUUCCUAAUAUUUUUGGGUGGGUUAUUUUCUCAUCAAAAAUAGGGUAGUUUCUCUGUUUCCAUUAUUAAUUUAUUUUCACCCAUUCUGCACUUAAAAAUAUAACUUCAGUGGUAGUACUCUUUUCCUUACCUUCAACUUGAAUUUUUAUCCCGGAAUCACAAUUUCUCGUGUUCUUGUUGACUUGUAUAGAACUAGCCAGCGAUUCAUUCUCUUCAUUUAGCAGCAAAUGUGUUCAACUCUUUUUCUU